UGCGCUUCGUCAAAGUAAAAAAAAGUGAUGAGAUUUUUAUGAUGAAACCUUUGACAAAAAAUUCCCUAGGGAACCGUUUAUCUCCUUUGCAAGCUCAGUAUUCCUAGAGGAAAUAUGUUUUGCCGUUCUUCCGGUUGCAUCAAAAUAAUAAUUCUUCUUCUGGGGAAUUUAUAUGAAUUAACACAAGCUACAAUAGAAGUGUCCUCGGUCAACAGGACAUGGUCUGAAGCUUCACGUCGUUGUCUUCUCUUUGGAUCAAACAACACAGGAGAUGUUCAGAUAAAUAAGAUCAAUAUUCCCAGUACAUUGUCAGACGGUUUGUAUUGGAUAGGAGCAACAGUCAAAUCAGCCUGGUUUGAAUUUUUGGGUAACUAUUCUCCGGACGUUGGGAGAGUCGGAGUCGAUGGAACCUCGAUGAAUAAUUUUAAUGAUCCUAUCUACGAUUGUUACUUUAAAUGCAGAGAAUCUGAAAACUUAUUUUUUGCGCUAAUGAAAAAGAAGUGCUAUUGCUUUUCCUCACUUCCCAGUGAUUCCCAGAGAAGUAAUUUACCAAAGGUUUACCAUUACCUUGUGAAUAACAGAAAUCCAUCAAAAAUAAUGGGAAGUUUAAGAGGUGAUUGUGUGGCCUUCUCUAAACCAAACGGAACAGAAGGAUUUCAUGAAGUAUUAGAUUGUGAAACACGCCUCCCCCCACUUUGUCAGUCUGAGAUUGGUAAGUCUAAUUCUCCCUGGUUGUCAGCCGUAAAUAAUUGCUCUGGCGUGGUUCAGUCAAGCUUUUCUGUGCAAUAUCUGAAUGUUGCUGUAGGAGGACCUUGGUGGACCGGAAUUACACGAAGAAGCAUCAAGGAAUGGGAUGAUGGUUCAAAAGACACGUCUUUGUUUGGAUGUCUUGCUGUAAAAAUACCAGCAAGUGAGAUUCCCUUGCAGGAGGUCCUUUGUGAUAAUAAACUGCCAUCGCUCUGCAUAAAAGGAACAGUUGAGGGAAAAUCAGAAACAAAAGAUUCAAAUGAUGAGAUGACCAUGACUAUAGCAAUUAGUGUGACUGCUACAUGCGUAUUUCUUGUGCUUUUAAUAUUCGUCGGUGUCGCUUUUUGGAAAAUAAAACAUAACAAAACAAAUUCCAAAAUUGCCCGCAUGCCUUCGGUACAUAACCAGAAUUAUGAAGGUGAAAUGGAAGGUGCUAUUAUCCCACACCUGUAUGCUGAGGUUGAGAGGAAUAAUAUUUACAGUGGGGUAUCGUCUAGUAAUCAGAACAACUCGGCAGACGACACUUACGACCACUGCAAAAUCCAGAGUAUGGGCCGCACUCUAGUUGUUCCUGCUGAUCUCUACGAUUCAGUCAACAAUGUUACUAGUGACAAAGAUUAUGAUUAUUUACAUACUACAUAGUAGACUCAAUACUGAUUCUACAAACAGAAAGAAAGUUCAUAAAGUAAUACACGUGUUUUACACCAAUGUUUAAUUUAAUUUUACAGUUUGUUUUACAGUAAUGGUAUAUUUGUAAUAAUGUAGGGAAUCUCUCAAGCCCUGACAGUGUGCGAAUGUGAAUGUGGUGGAACUUUUUAACAAUACACCUAGACGUAGGACAUUGAGUAUACAAUAUAAAAAAUAUACAUUGAUGUCUUUUUUAAUUCAAUUUUGGUCUACGUCAAUAAACAAUUAGGCCUUCAUUA